UAUAAACCAUAUACAAUAAGUAUCACAUGUUUAAUAUAAAUGAAAAAAGUACAAUGAUUUUGAGUAUAUUUUCAGAAAUGAGAAUGGAAAUACCGCUCUACAUGAAUUAUGUCAGAACUUUACAAAACAGUUGAUUACAGAUUCAGUUGAACAGUUCAAAAAUUUAUUUCCACCAAAAAAGAACCGUGUAGCCGAACAUAUAAACCGAACGAAACUAUGUCAGUGUAGAAUGCAUACAAGGAAAGAUGAACAGAUAUGGUUUGACGCGGCAACAUCUACAAAUAGCGAUGGAUAUAACAUACUGGACCUUCUCCUCUUAGGAGAGCGUAAUCUUGAUGAACGAAAAAAGGUUAAGACUACUGUUCAGUACCUUUUUAAAGAAACAGAUAUGUUUUAUCUGUUGAAGCUUCUUAGAAACAAGCCACGUAGAUCUGAAGGAGACACCAAUGACAGCAAUGUAAUUGAUUCGCCAUUCAGACGACUGUUAAAGCUUUAUCCAGAAACACUUCCUGAUUUGAUGGAUAGAUGUAUAGUGAAAUGUACAGGAACGACAAAUUACUAUUUUGAGAUCCUAGAUGAUACAUACUUUUUGCAUACAUGGCCACCAAAAGAAGAAUAUUACUGCAAAUGGUUAUACCAAUGUACAUGGGACCAUAUUGGUGAAGCAGAAAAGGAAGGUCGUGAAGCUUAUUCAGAUCAAUUGUUGCUAAUAAAAAGCAACCACCCUGUUAUGCUUAUGCUGAAACACAAAAGGGAUGAGAAAGAUCCCCAAAAAAAGAAAAUUUACAAGCAGCUUUUAGCCCAUAAGCUUGUUACAGCUCUAAGAAGACAUAAAUGGUUCCAUAUUGGCAGAAAAUUUCACAUCUUAAGCUUGAUCCUGUAUAUCCUGUUUCUAAGUAUCCUGACAACGUUUGUGGUCGAAAUCAACUCUUUAAACAUUGGCUUUCCAGAGACAAGCAAUAUAUCUACAACUUCACACACCACAGGUUAUAUAUAUUCAACUGUGUGCACUACAACAUAUGUAUGCAAGAACAGCUCAGUGAUUUGCAACAGCACGACCGAUUGUUAUAAUACAAGUUCCUAUAAUGUGACAACCACGCAACCACUCAUAACAUUGACACAUGUAAAACGUAUGGAAAUUAUCCAUCGAUUACAGGCCUGCAAGUAGCUGUUAUUUUUCUGGCAACACUCCUGCUUUUAAAAGAGAUAUACCUUAUUGCCAUUGUAUUUGGUCGUGCAUACUUCAAACUACUGAAAAACGAUAUGAAAUUGAUAACUCCUAUUACAGCAAUAGCUUUUGUCAUAAAUCUCUCGGAGUGCGAACACACAUCAUACAGAGAGAAUUGGCAGUGGACUUUAGGCACAGUGGCUAUCUUUUGGACGUGGACAGAUCUGUUAAAUUAUUUUGAGAAAUUCGACAGAGUUGGAAUUUUUGUUUCUAUGUUCAAAAGAAUUAUGAAAACGUUCAUGAUUAAUAUUUUCCCAAUCGUUGGUAUUUUAACAGUAGCAUUUGCGUUAGCGUUUAUGUGUGUUCGACAAAAGCAGGAUCAUUUCAAAAAGUUAUUGAUGACCUUAUUGUCAACUUUGGCAUUAAUGGUAGAUGGGUUCGAGUAUGAAACGAUGAGUGACGCUAAUAUUAAUGUUAUGACUAUUACCAGCUAUUUGACAUCCAUCCUCUUUUUAAUCACAAUGAUCAUUGUGAUAAUGAAUCUUAUGGUUGGUGUGGCGGUGAGAAAUGUUCAAGAUAUUUACGUGAAAGCGAUGGAGGAACAUUCAACUUUACAGAUUGAGCUCAUUUUGGAUUUAGAACAUAUAUGUCAGCUUUUUCUCAAUGCCCUCAAAAGAUUUGGUUGUACAAAAAGAUUAAGAAAAUGGCUCAAGGUAAAAUUCAUCCAGGAUCCAAAGAUGGAAGUGCCCCUUGGACGCUUAACUCCCGAAGAAUGAUUAAAUCGAAGAAAUACGUAAAAAACAAUAAAAUUCGCAAAAUUGACCUGACAGAGCUGGUGGAAAAGGCAACAGUAUAUAUAGAUGAACCUCUGUUUUCAAAGAAAUAGCAUUUAUAUACAGAUAUCCUCAAUUAACAGAAUCACCUUAAAGGAAUAGUUAUGUAGCGAACUGUAUUUCUGAAAACUGUGCAAUUAUAGCAAACUAAAUUUUAAAAUGGAUGCAAGCAUGUAUAUAACCAGUAUAAUGUAAUUGAUAAUGUAGAUAAUCAAUAUAAAUAUAUUAACUGUGCAAUUAGAACAGAUUAAAUUGUUAAAUGGUUGAAUGGUUGAAAGCAUGAAUAUAACCAUGUAUGAUGUUAAUUGAUAAUAAAGAUUAUAAAUGUAAAAGUUCAAACAGACACUGCUGACAUGGCGUAGCAUAGCAUUUACCAUGAAUAAUGUAACUGAUGAUGUAGAUUAUAAAUAUUUUUAUUAUUAAAUGUUCUAACAAACAUUGCUGACAUGGAAUAGCAAAGCAAAAUUUUGAUAGUAUUGUGUAUUUAAUUGUGUUGUUCAUGCCAUAGCAGAAUAUGAUAAAACAUUUUAUUUUACUAUUUUAUUUUAUAUAAUUUAGUAACCUUAAUUCGUUAUGAAAUCGAAAUACCUUAAUGAAUUUUUACUAUGAAGUAGUUAUUCAAAAUUUGCUGUUUUAAUGUAUGUUCGGAGCAGGGCGGGAUUGUUUCUACUGUAUCUUACCUGACCUGAAAAACUGUCAUUAGACGGGAUAUAUCUACUUAUUUAGCGCACCAAACUUAUUUUUCUGACUCAAAGGCAAUUAAUUUCUUCUUUAAAGUACAUUUUCAUAAUAACUACUCGUUUUUAAUCCGAAAUGAUUAUCAAUAGCUUUUCUGAGAUUGGUUUUACUAUAUUUUUUGAUUCCGUGUUAAUCGCAUUCAAAUAUCAUUUUUAAAAUAGCCUUUUUGUUUGUUUGCUUUUUAAACACAUAGCAUACUUUUGCUGUUAAGUUGCUUCUGUUUUCAAAAUAAUUGUACCAAUUUUGUCAACUGCUUGAAAACAAAAUUUUCUACUUUUUAAAAAAAAAAUGUAUCACGACUGGUGUAAUAACAAGCAUCAUUUUAUAAUUUGAGAUAGUUACAAUUUAAAAGUGAUAUUAUGUUCAUUUUAAAUCAACAUUGUCAUACUGAGCUGUAUUAGCUUAAAUAUCUACUAAAAGAUCGAUUAAUAUAUAAACGUACAACGGGGAUUGACCAAUAUUUGAUAAUGACAUAAGUAACAAUCGAUUUAUAAAGACCUCCAAACAACUAAAAUGCCUGCCAAACACUUUUUAUUAAAAAACGUUCUCGAGUAAUGUGGGUAAUUGAUUAUUUUUUUAAGUAUAUUUACAAAGUGAAUAUAACUACAUACUACAAAAUAUAAAGUGAAUAUAAUUAUAACUUCUUCCUGUACACUCUCCACUAACACUAGAAAACGCAUAAUGUCACUGUAAUAAUCAAGAUUGAAUGUUUCAUCAUAUAAGACGAACGUGUGCAAAUUUUACUCUCAAACAAACUAACAAACUAAUAAAAGUAUAUAGCGCAAAACAUGCGAGGAAAGGUUCCUUAAUUAUAUUGGUUCUUAGUUAUUUGCUUAUGCUCUGUCUUUCUUUUCUCGUAUUCGUAUCAUUUACCUGAUUUUUGUGUGGGUGUGUUAAGGGAUGUGUUGGUGCGUGCGUGCGUGUGCGUGUGUUGGUGAAUGCGUGCGUACGUGUGUGCGUGUGUGCGUCUUUGCAUGCGUGUGUAUAAGUUUUAUAAGGGUCCAUCCGAGCAAAUAUUAUGGGCUUAUGUGGCUAUGGGAACAAUAUGUAACAGUUACUAUUCUUUGAUCUUUUUCAUUUCGUAACGUUUUGUGUUUGUUUGUUUGUUUUUUUUUUUGUUGUUGUUGUUGUUUUUUUUGUGAACAAUAAAAUAGUCACAUUAAACCAAAACGUUAGAACGUCCGCUAUUUCAGGCACUGAGAGUCCGGAUCCCGGACAGGUCACCAAUCAUGCCUUUCUUUAUUUUUAUCUAAAUAUAUAUGUAAAUUUAUAUAUAUGUAAAUUAUGUUAAAAUUAAUGACUAUAUAAUUAAGUGACAUGUAGGCCCAACGUGGCCUGGUGUUGUAAAAACAAUAUGUAUCGUUAUUAUGUAUGUACAUAACACAAUGUCACUAUAAUAAAAUUUACUUAUCUUA